AUGAAGCCCUCGGCGUCUCUCUUGGUGGAUGUUCUCGACGGCGACAGACCUCUUUCUCUGUGUCUCUCCUCAAAUCGAAAGCGUAGGAGAAGGGAAGCUGUUAUGGGCAUUGUACCUCUUGAGGGAUCCAUUCUUCACCAAGUACAGAAGAUGGAUGGAUCAAAGAGACAUAACGAAGGUUCAUCGGACAAAGAAGGAGAUUUCAUCUUUGAAGGCUUUGGUAACUUUACAGACGGUGUUUCACCUCCGGCGGCGCAAGUUCCUUUCUUAGGUGGUCAUGGUACCCAAGAUGAAAACAUUGGUGAAGACACACCUGGAAAAUGUAAAGAACGAAGGACGUGGACGCCCAGUGAUGAUGUUUUGCUCAUCAGCUCGUGGUUGAAUACGAGCAAAGACCUCGUUGUGGGCAAUGAGCAAAGGUCGUCAGCUUUCUGCACCAGAAUUGCUGCUUACUACUUGGCUAGUCCUAAGGUAGCUGGGUGUGAAAAAAGAGAGCUAGCUCACUCUGCCAACAGAGAGAGAACUAGCGGGCAAAACGAGAAUGAUAUUCUCAAGCACGCUCAUGAGAUCUUCUUCAACAACUAUAACAAGAAGUUCACCCUUGAACAUGCUUGGAAAGAGCUGCGGCAUGACCAGAAGUGGUGUGACCUUACAACGGCUAAAACAAAUGGAAGCUCUAAGAGGAGGAAAUGUGAAGACGGUUCACAUACAGCAAGCUCUCAAGCCAUUGGCACCGAAACUGGUAAAGAUGAUCAAGUCACCAAUCGACCCACAGGUGUUAAGGCAGCUAAAGCCCGUGGUAAGAGGAUGAUGGUGGAGGGGAAGGACUUGGCUGAAUUUCAAAGCUUGUGGAGCAUAAAGAAGGAGGAUUUAGCAAUGAAAGAAAAACUGUCGAAAAUGAGGCUUCUAGAGAGUCUAAUUGCUAAACAACAACUUGAUGAGUAUGAGGAAAGGUUGAAGAAAAAACUCAUUACUGAGUUACUGUCAAAUUAG